UGCGGGAUUUACCUGCCAACAUGAUCUUUUCUCCAAGGGGAAAAAAGCAAUUUUCUUCUAUUCACGCAUCAUUGCGUGAUCGGUCCCUGCACUUUGAUUCAAUGUUUUAUUCUAAUUUUAAUUUAAUGACGCAGCAACUUCCUUAACAUUUAUGUACUUUUAUUUCAGGUUUUAUAGUUUUUAAGGUCUGAAUACUAUAUAAGGAUAUGUAGACAUAGAAAAUAUUACUUGGGGAUUUUUCAAAACCUACCUUUAAGGUAAAAGUACUGAAAUUUCUAGGAAAAGUAAUGUUUUGCUGUACAAAGAUUAAUGUAAAUUGUGUGCCUUAAUUAUUUAAAGUAUCGGCACUUGCUGAGAUAGAACACCCCUUUUUUGUAGUUUAUGCAGCUAAUGAUUUUUUAUUUUACCAAAGAAACCAAAAUAACAUAUAAGCUGAUUUUAUAAAUUAACUUGGAAUGUGCCAGAUAAAACAUUUGGAGAUAUCCGUUCUACAUUAAUAGUAAGUUAUAACCUGUUCAUACAGUGAAGGCACACGCUGACUGUGGAGAUAUUGGGUAUUGACAUAUAGUCAGAGAUGUGUUACCCACAGUUAGGACACACGAUAGAAUCUCUUCUGCUGAAGACUGGAGUGGAACUGGAGUUGUCAGACAGCCAGCCAUUACUAGAGUGGUUAGCUAACAACUACAAAACUUUCGGUGCCACUUUGGAGAUAAUCACGGACAGAUCGCAAGAAGGAGCACAGUUUGUAAAAGGAUUUGGAGGAAUAGGAGGUAAACACCUUAAGGGUUUUAACGCAACACACCUGGAGACCAGUUUUGCUUAAUCAUCACGUUACAGUUUAGGAGGAUGUUGCUUAAUUGAGUGGUAAAUCACAAUAAAUAAAUAAAAAAUGCUACAAAAGUGCCCAGAGAGCAAGAGAACAAAAAUCCAGUCAAAGCUUCUCAUUUUUCAUUAUAAUUAAUUGAUGGAUCAACACCAAAAUCUAAACAGUUCCAAGUUAGCCCAUUUCUGAUGUCUCACGAAAAUUUAAUCAAAGUGUGUCCUUAACUUUCUGAGUUAUGCUGUUCAUUGAUUACCCAACAAAGGCAAAAACAUAACCUGGGGGCAGUUAUAAAUAAAUAAAUAAAUACUUAAUAGUCGCAGCUUGAGAUUGAGCUCAAAAUAGGUAGGACUUAAAAAACUAGAUGCUCUUGAUCUAAAAUUUUGACCAGCAGUAAUAAUUUCAAGUGUUGGAAAAAGGAAAUAUUAAAGAAAUGCCAAACUCCUCACUUAAAAUUAAUCUGGACAUAAACAAGUGUACUCUAACCAUGCACUGAAGGGUUGCCUGAAAUGCAGGAAUUCGUGCGUGCCGUACACUUUCCUUACGUAAUGCUCACAGACGAGGAAG